GGUUCUAGUGAUUAACACGAGAGACAAUGCAGUCUAACUUUACUUCUCAAGAGAACAGCAGGUACGGUCCAAGCGAUGCAAGCCGAUAUCAACCAAAUGUUCAUCGAACACGACAUUGUUCCGGUGCUGAUAGAUCGAGCUCCGCUUGUGUUUGCAAAGGUCGCAUAUCUAUCUAAGCGCUUAGUGGAUGCUGGAAAAGAGUUGACCCCGAGCGAAGUACGUAAUGAGCCCAAAGUCGAAUGGUGUGCUGAUCCAACAACGUUCUACACCCUAGUCAUGAUUGACGCUGAUUCACCGAGCAGAACAGAGCCAAUCAACAGAGAAUUCGCCCACUGGUUAAUUGGUAACAUUCCUGGAAAACAUGUGGAGCAGGGGGAGAUUCUUUUCGAGUACAUGCCCAUCUUCCCCAGAUCUGGAACCGGCUUCCAUAGGUACAUCUUCCUGCUAUACCAGCAGCACUGUCGUAAUGAUUAUUCCGAAGCACCUAAAGCCUCCCGAAAAAACCGAACACCGCGUGUUCUCUUUUCAACUCGGGAAUUCGCUCAACGAUAUAGUCUAGGACAUCCAAUCGCGGGGAACUUUUUCAUGGCGCAAUUCGACGACUACGUCCCAGUAAUACUAAGACAAUUCCCAGUGUCCAACGAUUUCUAGUACAAUUGUAGCAAAUUAGGUGAGCGAUGGAAACUUAGUACAGGUUAUCAACAAAUAGAUCUUUCUAUGGUAUGCGGGAUGAGUGUACUAAGAAAAAACAAAGAAACAUAUGAAGUAAGCUGAUAAUUACUUUCUAUGUUUGAAGCUGAUAGAGUGGUGCACUCUCUUUUUGUACUCUCUAGAUUACUGUUCUUAGCAAUGAGAAUAUUUACAAUUGUAUUGCAAUUGGAAAGAAGAAUCGUCCAGAAGCUUUUAAAAUAUUGUAAAUUAAUAAUUAUAAGAGUGACCAAGCUGAACAUUACAGCAUUUAUUCGAAAUACUUAUUCGAAUGCUGUUAGAAGUGGAAAAAGUGAGUAGAAGUGGGUAUUUCAUGCCAUGUAAUUCCAUUCCAUUCCAGAAAUAAAAUCUUAUGCACGCAAAUGAAAA